UCCUACCGGCAUUUUCCGUAGCCAUUUUCUCACAAGGGAAGAAGUGGUUUCGGAAAUACUCUUGAAAUUUUGUUUGUAUUUUAAUUUAAUUUAAAAUGCCUGGAUAUUCUGACAGAGACCGUGGUAGAGAUAGGGGUUAUGGCGGUGGUCCUCCCCGCUUCGGUGGCAGCCGAAAUGGGCCGCCCCAGGGCGGCAAGUUCGGCAACCCCGGCGAGAGGCUGCGCAAGAAGCACUGGAACUUGGAUGAGCUCCCAAAGUUCGAGAAGAACUUCUACAAAGAGCACCCUGACUUGACAAGGCGAUCGCCGCAAGAAGUGGAGAUGUACAGGAGGAGCAAAGAGGUGACGGUGAAGGGCCGAGACUGUCCCAAACCCAUCAUCAAAUUCCACGAAGCCAGUUUUCCCAACUAUGUCAUGGACGUGAUCAGUAAGAUGACGUGGACGGAGCCCACCCCCAUUCAGGCCCAGGGCUGGCCUCUGGCGCUGAGUGGGAAGGACAUGGUCGGCAUCGCCCAGACCGGCUCCGGCAAAACACUGGCUUAUUUGCUGCCCGCUAUCGUCCACAUCAACCACCAGCCGUUCCUGGAGCACGGCGACGGACCCAUUUGUCUGGUGUUGGCUCCGACCCGAGAGCUGGCUCAGCAGGUGCAGCAGGUGGCCGCCGAGUAUGGCCGCGCCUCGCGCCUCAAGUCCACCUGCAUCUACGGCGGAGCACCCAAAGGACCACAGAUACGCGACCUGGAGAGAGGUGUGGAGAUCUGUAUAGCCACCCCGGGGCGCCUGAUCGAUUUCCUGGAGGUGGGCAAGACCAACCUGCGGCGCUGCACCUACCUGGUGCUGGACGAGGCCGACCGCAUGCUGGACAUGGGCUUCGAACCGCAGAUCCGCAAGAUAGUGGACCAGAUCAGGCCGGACCGCCAGACGCUGAUGUGGAGCGCCACCUGGCCCAAGGAGGUGCGUCAGCUGGCCGAGGACUUCCUGAAGGAGUAUGUGCAGAUCAACGUGGGAGCUCUGCAGCUCAGCGCCAACCACAACAUCCUGCAGAUCGUGGACGUCUGCAACGACGGCGAGAAGGAUGACAAACUGCUGAGGCUCCUGGAGGAGAUCAUGAGCGAGAAGGAGAACAAGACCAUCAUCUUUGUGGAGACCAAGAGGCGCUGUGACGAGCUGACCAGGAGGAUGAGGCGAGACGGUUGGCCAGCGAUGGGCAUUCAUGGCGACAAGAGCCAGCAGGAGAGAGACUGGGUGCUUAACGAAUUCAAGUUUGGCAAGGCCUGCAUCCUCAUCGCCACAGACGUUGCCUCGCGCGGUCUAGACGUGGAGGAUGUGAAAUUUGUCAUCAACUAUGACUACCCCAACUCCUCCGAGGAUUACAUCCAUCGCAUCGGCCGCACAGCCCGCAGCCAAAAGACGGGCACGGCCUACACCUUCUUCACGCCGGGCAACAUGCGGCAGGCGGGCGACCUGGUGUCUGUCCUCCGCGAGGCCAACCAGGCCAUCAACCCCAAGCUGCUGCAGAUGGCCGAGGACAGAGGAGGUCGUUCCCGAGGAGGCCGCGGCGGCUACAAGGACGACCGUCGCGAUAGGUAUUCCGGGGGGAGGCGGGAUUUUGGGAACUUCAGGGACAGGGAUAGCGAUCGGGGCUACGGUAGCGGACCAAAGAGCCAGAACGGCGGCGGAGGUGGUGGCUAUGGCGGGGGCGGCCACGGUCACCACGGCAACAGCGGCGGCGGCGGUAACUACAGUAACGGCUACAGCAACAACGGACAGGGCAACAGCUACGGUGGCGGCGCUGGGCCCGGGAACCCCGUGCCCCCCUUUCAGAACCAGAACUACCAGGCCCAGCCGCCACCGCCGCCACCCUUCGGCGGGAACCAGGCCGGCGGCCAGAACGGCAUGAGCCACCCGCCGUUCCCGCCGUUCAAUCCCCAGGGGGCGCCCCCCCAGCAGCCACCACAGCCCAUGGUGCCCUACCCCAUGCCCCCCGCGUUCCCUCAGUAAACUCAAAACACACACACACACACACACACACACUACACACAUUACACACAUUACACAACACACACACGCACUAUAUAUACACACACAUAUUACACAUUCACACACAUAUUACACAUUCACACACACACACACUAUAUAUACACACAUAUUACACAUUCACUAUGUACACACAGUUGUGCGCACAAAACCCUUGAAAUCGUUCUUUUUUGUGUUUAAAAGAAGAGAAGUUCUUAUUUACUAUAUACUUCGUACAAUUUGUUUUUUGUUUUGUUUUUUGCCUCCAGCAGGGUUGACGCUUUUUUUCUUCUCCAUCUCUCUUUUCAACAGUCUGAGUAUCUAUAAAAAGUCCAAGUGAUCUCUCGUGCAACCACUGCACAAUUUUACCAGUUUAUUUUUUAUUUUUAUUAUUUGUUACAUUCCUCGAUAAUUUAUUUUUAUUAGAUAAUGCACAUUUUCAUGAUUUAGUGUAUGUUUAAAAGUGGUAUGUUUAAAAAUCUUGAUCUGAGGGCCACAUUGCUUGGGCCUUCCAAUAAAAAAAUAAGAUGGAAAAAUGA